CAUUAAAGUUGUUGAUAACAGCUUGAAUACAAAUGAAGUGAUAAAGACGAAGCGUACUAAAUUCGAGUAAAUUGUGUAUUAUAAUGUUAUACAUUUAAAUAACGAGCUAAAGAAAAGACGAAACAACAACACAACAAAAAUGUUUAACAGAUUGAAAAAUCGAGUUUUAACUUCUAUUGUACCAGACAUUCCAUCGAUUACACCAUCACCUAGUUAUUCAAUCGGUAGACCAUUACCGGAUAAAUUUCAAUAUCAACGACCUCCAUUCCUACAACUUUUAACGCCAGAUGAAUUGAAAGCUUCAGCUGAUCAUAAUGUUAGACCAAUUAUAGUUCCAAGAGAUGUCGGAAUCAUGCCAUUUUCAUGUGGUUACGCAGAAUGCGUAAAUUCAGGCAAAUCAGAAUGGAAUGAAGAUCAAGCAGCAUUUAGUAUGAACGUAUUACAUCAUCCAUCAAAAGACUUUCCAGACUUACCAUAUGUGUACUUUGGAAUUUUCGAUGGGCAUGCUGGCUAUGGUGCAGCUUUAGCAGCCUCACUACAAUUUCAUCAUAUACUACAUGAGAAACUUGUAGACAUAAUUGAAUUGUUGUUACCGACAAAUGUUAAUGAGACACCCCCAAUGUUUCCUCUCAUGUUCCACAAAACCGUAUCUAAGGAUGAACUUAUCAUUGGUGCUUUAGAAAGUUCUUUUUAUGACAUGGACGCUGUCUUAGCUGAAGAUCGAACCAAAUAUAGAAAUGCAGGAGGCUGCACGUCAGUCGUAACAUUAUUUAUUUUAGGUAAAAUGUAUGUUGCAAAUGCUGGUGAUAGUAGGGCUAUACUUUCACAACGUCUAUCAAAAGAAAUGAUAAAGAUGCAAAAUGACAAGCCUUAUCCAAAUGGCACUAAAUGUGAUUCUGAUGAUUAUCAAGUCAUUGCAACACCAUUUUCAUUUGAUCAUACGCCAGACACAGAACGAGGAAGAAUUCUUUCGCUUGGCAAAGUUCAUCCAGAUCUCAUGGGUGGUGAAUAUUUAGCAAUGGAAUAUGCUAAGAAACCAAUGACGAAAGAUUUAGGCACACGAAUUCUUUACAAAACGGGAAAUAUGAAAGGAUGGACAUAUAAGACGCUAACAAAAGAAGAUCUCAAAAUGCCGAUCGUGACAGGCGAGGGAAAGAGAUCGCGAUUGCUUGGUACUAUUGGUGUAACUCGUGGUUUUGGAGAUCAUGACUUGAGGGCACUCGGUAGUGGUUUAUUAAUAAAACCAUUCCUCAGCUGUCAUCCCGAGAUCGUAUAUAGAGACUUGAGUCUUAUUAUUUCACUUCCUGAUGACAAUAAUAUUGAUGGCGAAUACGGAAUUUUGAUAAUGGGAACUGACGGUCUAUGGGAUGUCCUUGAAAAUGAAACUGUAGCAAGAAUUACAUUUGAGACUUUAAAAAAAUAUCCAAAUGAGAAGCAUAGGUAUACAAUGGUAGCACAAGAAUUGGUCGCUAAAUCUCGUGGACGUGCUAAUGAUUCAGGCCAUUGGCGAUUAAGUGAUCUAAAAGCACCUGCAACUGUCGAUGACAUUUCUGUAAUUGUUAUUCCUGUCUAUCAGUACUACAAAGAAUUUUGUGAAUGGGAAAAGAAGUUCUUUGAGGCACAGCAGAGACGUGAAGCGUUACGUAAUAAUAGCAACAAUAAGAAUAGUAAUAAUAAAAAUAAACAACAAGCAAUGCCUACGGCAACUACAAAUGGAAAUGUAUCACUUAAUAAAAUUGUCGAAAAUAUCGACGAUGAUGACGAAGAUGAUGAAGUCCAAGAGGCGAAAGAAGAGAAUUCAGAAAUCAGUGACGAAAUUGACAAAGCUAUUGAAAAGCUAAACUUAAAUGAUGGAAACAGUGAGGAACCAACGGAAUCGACAGCAUGAAUUUCAUUUUCUUUUAAGUGAAUUAAAUUAAUUAUUAUAAUCAAGACUUUAUAACAAUUAUGUUAAUUUCGUAAGUAGUUAAAUCAUUUCUUUAUCUUAAUCUUCCCUUCUCUCUUUCCUCACUUCCAAAUUAUCCCAUUAAUGACAUCUUCAGGGUGCGAAUAUGUCGAAUUUAGCUUCAAAAAUAAAAUAGUUGCAUUUAAAGAGCUUAUUACAAAUAGUUUAUUAUGUUGUGGAUUUUUUGAUUCCCUCUUUUCAUUA